AUGACUGCUAGUGAUUAUAUUCAAACUGAUGAUAAUAUUGAAAUAAAAGAGGUUGUCUUGAAUGAAGUUGCUAUUCUUGAAGAAAUUCUUUCUCAAUUUGAUUCUAAUAGUAGUAGUGAUGAAAGUGAUAUUGAAAUUGAAAAAUUUUCCUAUUCUGUCAUCUUGAAGCAAUACUUACCUCAACUGUUAAGUUUGUUGAAACAAAUUUGA